CGCCGCACAUCACUCGGCAAAUGGAGUUUUUUCAGUCCAAUGUCUUCUUCUUCUUCUUACAUUCACUGCUGCUAUUAUUCUCAGUUCUCAUCUCAUUCUCGCCGCCGGCCAUUGAUGCCGUCGGCGUUAAUUGGGGCACCGCCGCCUCCCACCAGUUGCCACCGGCCAAAGUGGUUGAGUUGUUAAAAUCGAACAAAAUCAACAAGGUCAAGCUUUUCGAUGCCGAUCCUCUCAUUCUUAGUUCUCUUUCUGGAUCAAACAUUUAUGUUGCACUUGGCAUCCCAAAUUCCAUGCUUAGAAUCUUCAACUCCUCUAAGACCGCAGCUGAAACCUGGGUUCACGAUAAUGUCACCCGUUUCAUCUCCAGCAAGACCGGUAUUAACGAUGUCCGAAUCGAAUACAUAGUGGUUGGGGAUGAGCCGUUUCUCUUGAGCUAUGGUGAGAAAUUUUACCCAUUUGUGCUCGGUGCAGCCACCAACAUUCAGACAGCACUUAUGAAGGCAAACCUAGCAAACAAAGUCAAGGUGGUUGUUCCUUUUAGUUCAGACACCUUCCUAUCAGACUCGGGCUUGCCCACAAAAGGACACUUUCGACCCGAUAUCAACACAACCAUAACAGACCUUCUCGUAUUUCUCGACAAGCUGCACUCUCCUAUUUUCGUGACAAUUCAACCCUUUUCCAGCUACCGUCAAAACAAAAACAUUUCUCUGGACUUUGCUCUGUUCAAACAGACAGCCAACAGCCACAAAACUUACCAAAACAGCUUAGACAUGAGCUACGACACUCUCGUGGCUGCAUUAUCAGCUGUUGGAUUUCCUCGUAUGGAUGUUGUUAUCGGACAGAUUGGCUGGCCGACAGACGGGACAGUUAAUGCCACCUCAUCAACUGCUGAGGUAUUCAUGAACGGUCUGAUGGAUCACAUUCGUAGCAAAUCAGGAACUCCUCUCAGGCCUAAUAACCCGCCAAUUGAGACUUACUUAUAUAGCCUUCUCGACGAGGAUCAGAGAAGUAUAGACACUGGAAGCUUUGAGAGACAUUGGGGAAUCUUCACUUUCGACGGCCAAGCGAAAUACCCUUUGAAUUUAUUAAUAGGAGGGCAGGGAACGAAAAGCCUGGUGAAUGCACAAAAUGUGGAUUACCUUUCGAAUAGAUGGUGCGUGGUAAAUAAUAAUAUUAACGGAGACUUGUCGAAUGCUAGUAAUAGAGCUUUAGAGGCUUGCUCUGUCGCUGACUGCAGUGCUUUGUCGCCUGGCGGUUCUUGUUUUAACCUUAGUUGGUCUAGUAAUAUAUCAUACGCGUUCAACAAUUACUAUCAGAUGCGGAAUCAAAGUUCAGAAAGCUGCAAUUUUGGCGGUUUGGGGUUGAUUACAACGGUUGAUCCGUCUGUAGGGAAUUGCAGGUUUGAGGUUGGCCUCAAGGGUUCUUCUGGAUCAAGGCCACUUCUAAAUUCUGUUUUUCAGUACUUUAUAUUUUUUGGCUAUAUUUUCUUCUUUGUUCUCCAUGGUGUAGUAUAGUAACUAAUAUCGUUACUCGUUAGUGGCACGCGAUAGAGGAGAGCCCUUUGAUUGAAGUAUGAUCUCGGGUUUUCAUACUUCCUUGUCUUGAUGUUCGUUUUGGCUAUGUGAAGAGAAGUUUUUGUUUGUGCCAUUGCAAGGAUUUUGCACAUUUUGUAGGUUAAUCGAGUCAAUUGAAUAUUUUAUAUGACAUU